AUGGAGGACAAGAUGGUAGUAGCUCUAGCUCUGGGCCUGUCCGUCCUCCUCGUCAUCCUCUCCAAGCUGGUCUCGUUUGCCGCGAGGCCAAGGCCUAAUCUUCCCCCGGGGCCAUGGACGCUGCCGGUGAUCGGCAGCAUCCACCACCUCGCUAGCGACCCAAACACCCACAGGGUGCUGCGCGCUCUCUCGGAGAAGCACGGGCCCCUGAUGCAGCUGUGGCUGGGCGAGGUGCCCGCGGUGGUGGCGUCGACGCCGGAGGCCGCGCAGGAGAUCCUCAGGAACCAAGACGUCAGGUUCGCCGACCGGCACGUCAGUAGCACCGUCGCGGCGGUCUCCUUCGGCGCCAGCGACAUCUUCUUCUCCCCGCACGGCGAGCGGUGGCGCGAGCUCCGCAAGAUCUGCACGCAGGAGCUGCUGACCGCCUCCCGGGUGAGGUCGUUCCGGGCAAUCCGCGAGGACGAGGUGGCGCGCCUCGUGCGCGACCUGGCCGUGUCCGCCGGCGGCGCCCCCGUGAACCUCACCGAGAAGGUCGGCAAGCUCGUCAGCGACAUUGUGAUGAGGUGCUCCGUCGGCAGCCGGUGCAGGUACCGGGACGAGUUCCUGGACGCGCUCCACACCGUCAAGAACCAGCUGACCUUGCUCACCCUCGCCGACCUCUUCCCGUCGUCCAAGCUCGCGCGGAUGCUGAGCGCGACCCCACGCAGGGGACUCGCGAGCCGCAAGCGGAUGGAGCUCAUCAUUGCAGACAUCGUUCAAGAACACAAGGACCACAUGGACAGCGGCGACCAGCCAGCUGAUGCUGCUGCCGGGAAAGACUGCUUCGUCGACGUCCUGCUGAGGCUCCAGAAGGAAGGCGGCACGCCGAUCCCAAUCACAAAUGAGAUCAUCGUUGUGCUUCUGUUUGACAUGUUUUCAGGGGGCAGUGAGACAUCGUCAACCGUGAUAGUAUGGAUCAUGGCAGAGCUUAUCCGUUGGCCCAGAGUAAUGACAAAGGUACAAGUCGAGCUGCGGCAAGCUCUCCAAGGGAAGGUCACCAUCACUGAGAAUGAUAUUAUUGGGUUGAACUAUUUAAAGAUGGUGAUCAAGGAGACACUACGAUUACAUUGUCCUGCACCCCUCCUAACGCCCCAUAGAUGUCGUGAGACAUGCAAGGUCAUGGGUUACGAUGUACUAGAAGGCACAUGUAUUCUCGUGAAUGUGUGGGCAAUGGGCAGAGAUGUUAAGUUCUGGGAGGACCCAGAGGAAUUCAAGCCUGAGAGGUUUGAAAAUAGCAAUAUAGAUUACAAAGGAAACAAUUUUCAGUUCCUUCCAUUUGGCUCUGGUCGUAGAAGUUGUCCAGGCAUAAACCUUGGGUUGGCCAAUAUUGAGCUACCACUGGCUAGUCUCCUAUACUAUUUUGAUUGGAAGUUGCCUAAUGAAAUGUCACCCAAGGAUCUUGAUAUGCAAGAGACACCUGGAUUGGUUGCAGCUAAACUCACUAGCCUACAUAUGUCCCCUGUCACUCAUAUUGCUCCGCUAGUCAGUGCGUAA